AUGACUGAGAGUGCUAGUUAUGAGAAAACCAUGUGGGAGAGAAUAGAAACAGAACUUGAGGAAAUAAAUGUGGAGAACCUUGGAUUCGAUCAUCCAAUUUGUUCAGGUGUUCUAGAUAUCAAGUCGGAACCCUUCACAAAUAUGCCUGGGUCAGUUUCUGAUAUUUUUAAGGAGCCAUUUCGAAAAUAUAAGUUAGAACAGAAUCAUGAUAUAAUGGAAGCUUGUAAAGAAUUUAUCCAAAACGAAGAAUCGAAAAUUAACAUAGACGAGGUUUUGG